UUGGUUUUAUUACAAUUGUUUUUUUUUUUUAUCGUUUCGAGUACACACGGUUUACAAAACGCCGGUGAAGUGUCCGCACCGUGUACCGUCUCGGCUUUCCAGCUUUUUCAAAAUACCGCUAAAUUGUAUUUUUGUGCGCAAAAUCACAUAAUAUUAACGCGUAGUGUUUUGCCCAUAACCAACGGACGUGCUGCUUAAGCUCUGGUGUGUCGCAAACAUCACCAUCGAAAAAAGGGUGCGUGACGUUUAGCAGAGCAAUCCAAUUUGUGUAGAUUUUCAUUCGUUCAUUAAACUACAAGAAUGCCGCGUGUAGUUAAACAAGAGGGAGAAGACCCAGAUCCGACCCCAUACUUGUUCGUGUCUCUCGAACAAAAGAGAAUCGAUCAGACCAAACCCUACGAUGCGAAAAAGGCUUGCUGGGUGCCCAAUGAAGAAGAUGGUUUCGUUCAGGGAGAAAUCCGUGGUACAAAGGGUGAAUUGGUUACCGUCGCUUUGCCCGGUGGAGAGGUGAAAGAUUUCAAAAAGGAUCAAGUAGGGCAAGUCAACCCGCCGAAGUUCGAAAAAUGCGAGGACAUGUCUAACUUGACUUAUUUGAACGACGCGUCUGUAUUGUAUAACUUGAAACAAAGAUAUUAUCAUAAGCUCAUUUACACUUACUCCGGUUUGUUCUGCGUUGCUAUCAACCCUUACAAAAGAUUCCCAGUGUACACUAACCGAUGUGCCAAAUUAUACAGAGGUAAGAGGAGGAAUGAAGUCCCCCCUCACAUUUUUGCCAUUUCUGACGGUGCCUACGUCAACAUGCUUACAAACAAGGAAAACCAAUCUAUGUUGAUUACUGGAGAAUCUGGAGCUGGAAAAACUGAAAACACGAAAAAGGUAAUUGCGUACUUCGCUACUGUCGGAGCCAGCUCAAAGAAAGAAGAAGAAGCCUCCGGAGCUGUUAAGAAGAAGGGUUCCCUGGAAGAUCAAGUCGUACAAACUAACCCGGUAUUGGAAGCUUUCGGUAAUGCCAAGACAGUCCGUAACGACAACUCAUCUCGUUUCGGUAAAUUCAUCCGUAUUCAUUUCGGGCCUGCGGGAAAAUUGGCCGGAGCUGAUAUUGAAACUUACUUAUUGGAAAAAGCUCGUGUAAUCUCUCAACAAUCACUUGAAAGAUCUUAUCACAUCUUCUACCAGAUAAUGUCCGGCUCAGUGAAAGGCGUCAAAGAAAUGUGUAUGUUAAGUGACAACAUCUAUGAUUACUACACCGUAUCUCAAGGGAAAAUCACAAUUCCUGGUAUGGAUGACGGAGAAGAAUUUCAGCUUACUGAUCAAGCGUUUGACGUUCUUGGAUUUAGCGAAGAAGAGAAAAACGACAUUUACAAAAUCACCGCUUCUGUUAUGCACAUGGGUGGAAUGAAAUUUAAGCAACGCGGUCGUGAAGAACAGGCUGAAGCUGAUGGCACUGAGGAAGGUGCUCGUGUGGCUAAAUUAUUGGGUAUCGAUUGUGAUGACUUAUACAAGAACUUGUUGAAACCAAGGAUCAAAGUAGGAAACGAAUUCGUAACACAAGGUCGUAACAAGGACCAAGUCUCAUACUCUGUCGGUGCCAUGUCAAAAGGUAUGUUUGACAGACUUUUCAAGUUUUUGGUGAAAAAAUGUAACGAGACUUUGGACACACAACAAAAACGUCAACACUUUAUCGGUGUAUUAGAUAUUGCUGGUUUUGAAAUUUUCGACUACAAUGGUUUCGAGCAAUUGUGUAUUAACUUCACUAACGAGAGACUCCAACAGUUCUUCAAUCAUCACAUGUUUGUGUUAGAACAAGAAGAAUAUAAAAAAGAGGGUAUCAACUGGGCUUUCAUUGAUUUCGGAAUGGAUCUGUUAGCUUGUAUCGACUUAAUUGAAAAGCCAAUGGGUAUCCUCUCUAUUCUUGAAGAAGAGUCUAUGUUCCCAAAAGCCACGGACAAGACAUUCGAGGAAAAAUUGACCACCAACCACUUGGGAAAAUCGCCCAAUUUCAGAAAACCAGCUCCUGCUAAACCCGGUUGCCAACAGGCUCACUUCGCUCUUGCCCAUUACGCCGGUGUUGUAUCCUACAACAUCACCGGUUGGUUAGAAAAGAACAAGGAUCCAUUGAACGACACUGUUGUUGAUCAAUACAAAAAGGGAUCUAACAAAUUGUUAGUAGAAAUUUUUGCUGACCAUCCAGGUCAAUCUGGCGGUGCUGAUGCUGGCGGUGGCAAAGGAGGUCGUGGCAAGAAGGGUGGUGGUUUCGCCACUGUGUCAUCUUCUUACAAGGAACAAUUGAACAAUUUGAUGACAACUUUGAAGAGCACUCAACCUCAUUUCGUGCGUUGUAUCAUCCCUAAUGAAUUGAAACAGCCCGGUGUUAUUGACUCUCACUUGGUCAUGCAUCAAUUGACCUGUAACGGUGUGCUUGAAGGUAUCCGUAUUUGCCGUAAAGGUUUCCCUAACAGAAUGGUAUACCCCGACUUCAAAAUGCGAUACAUGAUAUUAGCACCAGCAAUUAUGGCAGCUGAAAGUGACCCUAAGGUAGCAGCAGCCAAAUGUCUUGAGGACGUUCAGUUAGACCCGGAGAGUUACCGUAUCGGUCAUACAAAGGUGUUCUUCCGUGCUGGAGUAUUAGGUCAGAUGGAAGAACUGCGUGACGAACGUCUCAGCAAAAUUAUUGGAUGGUUGCAAUCAUACAUCCGUGGUUAUAUCUCCAGGAAAGAAUUUAAGAAAUUACAAGAUCAGAGAUUGGCUUUGUUGGUAAUCCAGAGGAGCUUGAGAAAAUACAUGAAGUUGAGGUCAUGGCCAUGGUGGAAGAUGUGGUCUCGCGUCAAGCCUUUGCUUAACGUGGCUAACAUAGAAGAGGAUUUGAGGAGAUUGGAAGAGGAAGUGGAAAAGAUGACUGCUGCCUAUGAACGCGAAGAAAAAUUACGCAAAGAAUUGGAAGCACUCAACAGCAAAUUGCUAUCUGAGAAGGCAAAUCUAUUGCAGUCCGUGGAAUCCGAAAAAGGAAGUUUGUCCAGCCUCCAGGAAAGAGCAGCCAAAUUGGCCGCACAGAAAAGCGACUUGGAUUCUCAACUUUCGGAAACCCAAGAGAGGUUACAACAGGAGGAAGAUGCCCGUAACCAAAUUUUCCAACAGAAAAAGAAAUUGGAACAAGAAAACGCUGGACUCAAAAAAGAUGUCGAAGAUCUGGAAUUAGCCAUUCAAAAAUCCGAUCAAGAUAAGGCUUCCAAGGACCACCAAAUCCGCAACUUAAACGACGAGAUCGCCCAUCAAGACGAACUUAUCAACAAGUUGAACAAAGAAAAGAAAUUGUCUGGUGAAACUACCCAGAAGACCGCUGAAGAAUUACAGGCGGCCGAAGAUAAGAUCAAUCACCUCAACAAAGUCAAGAACAAGUUGGAACAGACUUUGGAUGAACUUGAAGAUUCAUUAGAGCGUGAAAAGAAAUUAAGAGGAGACAUAGAAAAGAGCAAGAGGAAGACCGAGGGAGACUUAAAACUCACCCAAGAAGCCGUCUCCGAUUUGGAACGCAACAAAAAAGAACUAGAACAAACCAUCCAAAGGAAGGACAAGGAAUUGGCUUCCCUUACCGCCAAGUUGGAAGACGAACAAGCUUUGGUUGGCAAACAACAAAAACAAAUCAAAGAACUUCAAUCGAGAAUUGAAGAACUCGAAGAAGAAGUUGAAGCUGAAAGACAAGCCCGAGCCAAGGCUGAGAAACAACGUGCUGACUUGGCGCGUGAAUUGGAAGAAUUGGGUGAACGCCUUGAAGAAGCAGGUGGUGCAACUUCCGCGCAAAUCGAGUUGAACAAGAAACGUGAGGCUGAGAUGAGCAAACUCAGACGUGACUUGGAGGAAGCUAACAUCCAGCAUGAAGCUACCCUAGCUAACUUGCGCAAGAAGCACAACGACGCUGUUGUCGAAAUGGGAGAUCAGAUUGAUCAGCUAAACAAACUUAAGACCAAGGCUGAGCACCAUUCACAUUAUCUUUCCAACGACUUAAACAAUACUAGAGCUGCUGUUGAUUUAAUGGCUAGAGAAAAGGCUCAAGUAGAAAAGAUCGCCAAACAAGUACAACACCAAUUAAAUGAAACUCAAGGUAAACUUGAUGAAACCAACCGUACAUUGAAUGACUUCGAUGCCGCCAAGAAGAAGUUGAGCAUUGAAAACUCAGACUUGCUCCGUCAAUUGGAAGAAGCCGAAUCUCAAGUAUCUCAAUUGGCUAAGAUCAAAAUUUCCUUGACAACUCAAUUAGAAGAUACUAAGAGGUUGGCCGACGAAGAAGGACGGGAACGUGCUACUCUCUUGGGUAAAUUCAGAAACUUAGAACACGACAUCGACAACAUUCGUGAACAACUCGAAGAAGAAGCUGAAGCCAAGGCUGACAUCCAAAGACAAUUGAGCAAAGCUAACGCCGAUGUACAAUUGUGGCGCACCAAAUACGAAUCUGAGGGUAUUGCUAGAGUUGAAGAAUUGGAAGAAGCCAAACGUAAACUGCAAGCUCGUCUUGCUGAGGCUGAAGAGACAAUCGAAUCUCUUAACCAAAAGGUAAUAGCUUUAGAAAAGACCAAACAACGUUUGGCCACUGAAGUCGAAGACUUGCAACUCGAAGUAGAUAGAGCAACUGCUAUUGCUAAUGCUGCCGAAAAGAAGGCUAAGGCUAUUGACAAGAUCAUUGGAGAAUGGAAACUCAAGGUCGAUGAUCUGGCCGCUGAAUUAGAUGCUAGUCAGAAGGAGUGCAGAAAUUACUCUACUGAACUCUUCCGUCUUAAGGGAGCUUACGAAGAAGCUCAAGAACAAUUAGAAGGAGUUAGACGCGAAAACAAGAAUCUCGCUGAUGAGGUCAAGGAUCUUCUUGACCAGAUCGGUGAAGGUGGUAGAAACAUCCAUGAAAUUGAAAAACAACGCAAACGAUUAGAAGUUGAAAAAGAUGAACUCCAAGCUGCGUUAGAAGAAGCUGAAGCAGCGUUGGAACAAGAAGAAAACAAAGUAUUAAGGGCUCAAUUGGAACUCUCGCAAGUCAGACAAGAAAUUGAUAGACGUAUCCAAGAAAAAGAAGAAGAAUUCGAAAACACAAGGAAAAACCACCAACGUGCUUUGGACUCCAUGCAAGCUAGCUUGGAAGCUGAAGCUAAAGGAAAGGCUGAAGCUCUCCGAAUGAAGAAGAAGUUGGAGGCUGACAUCAACGAGCUUGAAAUUGCUUUAGACCAUGCCAACAAAGCUAAUGCUGAAGCUCAAAAGAACAUCAAACGCUACCAACAACAGUUGAAGGAUGUCCAAACUGCUCUUGAAGAAGAAUCUAGAGCUAGGGAAGACGCCAGGGAACAAUUAGGAAUUUCCGAGAGAAGAGCAAAUGCCUUACAAAAUGAGGUAGAAGAGUCCAGAACCUUAUUGGAACAAGCCGACCGUGGUAGGAGACAAGUGGAACAAGAAUUGGCCGAUGCUCACGAACAACUUAACGAACUUUCUGCCCAAGCUACAUCCAUCUCUGCUGCUAAGAGGAAGUUGGAAGGAGAAUUACAAACUUUACACUCUGACUUGGAUGAACUUUUAAACGAAGCCAAGAACUCAGAGGAGAAGGCUAAGAAAGCAAUGGUCGAUGCUGCAAGACUCGCCGACGAACUCAGAGCCGAACAAGACCAUGCACAGACACAAGAAAAACUCAGGAAAGCACUAGAAACACAAAUCAAAGAAUUACAAGUGAGGUUAGAUGAAGCCGAAAACAAUGCGCUUAAAGGAGGAAAGAAAGCCAUUCAGAAACUCGAACAGAGAGUACGGGAAUUGGAAAAUGAAUUGGACGGUGAACAACGCAGACACGCUGACGCACAAAAGAACUUGCGCAAAUCAGAACGCAGAAUUAAGGAGCUCAGUUUCCAAGGCGAUGAAGAUAGAAAGAACCAUGAACGUAUGCAAGAUUUGGUUGACAAACUGCAACAAAAGAUCAAGACAUACAAGAGGCAAAUUGAAGAAGCAGAAGAAAUUGCUGCGCUUAACUUGGCUAAAUUCCGUAAGGCCCAACAGGAACUGGAAGAGGCUGAAGAAAGGGCUGAUUUAGCUGAACAGGCAAUUGCCAAGUUCAGGACAAAGGGUAGAUCGGGAUCCACUGCAAGAGGCGGAAGUCCAAUUCUUCAAAAGCCACGGAAGGUGAUGCCAGUGGAGUAAAUUCAAUUAUUGUAUCUAUUUAUUAAUUUGGACACAGACCGCCCGUUAAACCACAAUUCGACGGAUUCGCUUUCCCACCUAGAUUCGACCUACAUCCAGAUGGCGAUUUCUAAACAUAAUUUAACUCAAUUUGCAAUUAAAAAAAAAAAAAAAAAGAUAUUAAAACAUUUUUAAUACACUUUUUACUCUACUUAAAAUGUACGAUUAAACAUCACGACAUACACAAAACAACAGCACCUAUCACUUCUACACUAUCAUUUUGCGACACACAAGCGGCCUGUCUGUAUUUAUUAGUGUGUAAAACAAUGUUUUAUUUAUAUGAAAAACAAUUUUAUCAUAAUGAUAAUUAUGUUAUUCAGAACAAAUUCUUUUAAUUUAAAAUUAAUUUUAACCCCGUUGUACAAUUCGGCUUCUUUAAUGUUUCCAAUAAAGAAAUGCUAAUUGUAAACUUAAA